AUGGGGAGGAAGAAGGUCGCCUCAGACAGCGUCGUACAAAGCUCCGAGAUACGGUAGGCCGCCACGCUGAUUGGAUUGGGAAAGGGCGCGGCCUCAGGGGAUGUGCGCUUAUGCCAUGAGAGGGGUCGGAGAAGAGAGUGCACCCUUCCAUCCCGUCUUAUUUUAGAUAGAAAGGAGAGGCGAGAAGAAAGUUGCGUCUUCUGAUUUCAUUUUUCUCAGCUUUUUUCGAACUAGCAUGCCUCGGGCAUGGUGGACUCGGGCCUUUCUGAUCCAUCUAGCGGAAUUCCUUUGAUUUGGCCGCCCUUCUCUUCGAACUGCGGCCCUUGGCACCUGGUGCGUCCCUGGGAGAGGGCCCGGACUCCGCCCCCUAAUUACCUCAAUGUCUGCUGAUUAACUCCUUCCCCUCUCCGGGCAGUCCGUCAUUCAGAGCUCGUUUAUUAUAAUAAAUCGUCCGCGCCCGUUAACGACUUUUUAAUUUCCUUUUUAUCUGGUGGCCACAAACUUUUGGGGGUCGUAAUUAAUUACUCGGGUGUUUCAUGCAGGUGUAAUUAGGCUUCCGAUAUCCUCCAUGAAAGAAAUUUAUUGACUAGAUAAAUCUGGUUUUCGCCACCAUCGGACCUCUUAAUGGGGUGACCACAAUUUGUCGUAAAGGCAUAAAUCAGUUUUACGAGGCCGGAAUUGUCGCCUUCUGAGGCGAGGUUUUGAGUAGCGUGACGUCUUGGGGGGACCAAUUGUGAAGAUCUUAGCUUGAAACGGUUUACUGUGUGUUUUGUCAUCCGCUUCCACUUUUCAGGUUUCCGAGAAAUGGAGCGUAGAAGCGAGAAGAGAACUCUCUUACAGUAAAGUCUUUCGUUUAGGCAUCCCACAAAAGCAACUACCCGUUUCCGCCCAUUACAGUUGAUGAACUGUGCUGAGUCGUAUAUGGCGGCGUCAAGUCCAGCUAUGUACUACAAUCCUCAUCCCAUGCAGACCGGCUACAUUCCCGACCAUUCCUGGGCGGCCUUGGUGGGGAAUCAGGCCCUGACGGCGUCAGUGAGUAACACGAAUGCCCUGGGGGUUUCCUUCUCGACCCAUACCUCUGCGCCUUUAAUGCCAGCCCCGGAUCACACCCAAGUCCUUAACGACAAUCUGAUGGCGGCUUCUAUGUACCGAGAUCUAGUCCAGACCCCUUCGACCGCCUCCUGGUCGAGUCCGGCGGUCUCAGUUUCUCAGCAUUCCGAGUACAACAACAGCAAUAACAGCCCUAGGACAAGCCCCUCAAUACACGGACAGCACCAGCCCUACAAAUGGAUGCAGGUCAAACGGGCAGCACAUAAGACACCAGGUGAGAAUCUUAAGCAAAUUGUUUUUGGGGAUUGUAAAGAAAGUGGGGAGGGGUGCGGGGUCGUAAAUCAUCAAAUGCCAUUCCAAGUGCUCUCUUUCAGUCACUAAACAGAAGAAGGCGAUGGAAGAGACGAAUGGAACGAAUCGCACCAACUUCACAAACACCCAGCUAACGGAAUUGGAGAAGGAAUUCCAUACAAACAAGUACCUGAACAAGAGCCGACGCUCGGAGAUCGCUCAGAUGUUAAAGUUGAAUGAAACUCAGGUCAAGAUCUGGUUCCAGAACAGACGAAUGAAGGAUAAGAAGAGACAGAAAGAGCAGGAAUUCUUGAACAAAAACCGAUCACAACGACAGAACUGGUCGACGUCGAGUUCAACGACCCGUCCGACCUCCAGUGUCUCAUCUUCCGGAGUCUCCAACAGCUCGGAUUCGGCCUCCAACAUAUCUCUCAGUUCAUCAGAUUCUCCCAAAACUUGUCCUCAAUAG